AUGUGGGAAUCUCAGCGAAGUCCCAAACCUGUUCACCCUGUCUGCUUCCUCAUUAGUGAGAAUGAAAGAGUCACAGUCUCUGAUAAGAGGAAUGUGGGGGUCAACAUUCAGCCAGCAAUGCGUGUAGAGAGCCUGGUCUGUGCUGGACCGUGGAGAUGCCUACGCAGGGAAUCUCUUUCCUUCUUCUUCAGCAGAGAAAUCAAAGAUGGAAGAGAAAAACAAAUUUGGUAUUUGAAAAUAUCAAAACUAGCACUGGCUUUUGCAAUUAUCCACUCAAAACCACCAGGGAAGAGUUCCAAAGAAUACACAGAGUACCUUGCCAAAACUGUAUCCGAACAAGAUUUUGGAUGGAAGUGGAAGGUGGAAGUGCUGGAAGCUGAAGUUCUUCGAUUACGCCAGGAACUUCUUUUGAACAGGAUCUCUCCAAGAUUCUGUUUGGAAAACAGAAAACAAGAUACCUCUGCUGAAACUCUUCUGGGUCAGGAACCUGUAAACCCUGUAACUUACUCAAGCCAGCUAGAAGAUUCUGGAUGUGAUGUCUGUAAUGACUCUGCAUUUGAUUCUUUAGGCAUAGCUUCAGAUUUUCACCAAUCUGAGCAUAAUGUCAACACUUCUAAACAUUGGUUGGAAAGAGUUCCCCCACUGAAUUUUUGCCAUUCUAGCAAGGAGCAAUCUUUGACUGCUCCAGUGCAUUUUUUGCAACGUUUGCUUGAAAUAAGGAAACUGUCAGAAGGAGGAAUUCUUCAAGCAGACUUCUCAGAGCUUGAGAAUGAUUCUUUCACCAUAUGCAGUUCAGUGUCUCAGUUGCUUGAUGGACUGACUAUUUUUUACAACAGUCCUAAAUUCCCAUCUCCAAGUUUCCUUACUGAAGGAGUUAAUGUUUUGAUCAGUUUAAUAACUGAUACUAAAUUAUCUAAUCAUGUUUUGAAGAAGUGUUUCAAGAAGAUGGAAGAAUUUAAGAAAAAUCUAAUUCAAAUUAUUUUAAGAAAUAGGAGUGUCAAUAGGUUUCAGGCACUGAAUACUGUAUCCGAAAUGCUGGGUUUGCUAGGAAGGAACAACAUUCUAAGAAAUUCUUUAAUAUCACUUCUCCUAUCAGAAGUCCGUCAGUUUGCUGAACAGUUGUUGCAGGCUCACCAGAUGUGCUUCUCUCUAAGGCAGAAUUUUAAGCCAAUACUUUGUGCUUCUCUGAGGAUCCACCCUGAUCCUAAAGGGUGCAAUCUGUUUAUGACAUCACCCAGUAUGAGAAUAUGUUUCUUUUGUGCAUGAUUCUGGAACAACUUCUUCAAAAUGAGACAGAAGAAAGUAACAUUUCAAGCUCAGAUUAUGGAGGAGAAGAAAAAAUCAAAUUU